AUGACCGACUUUAACCCCGAAUACCAAGGCCUCUACCUUUCUCCUGACGAACACGAUCUCCUCCUCGCCGCCCUUAACUCCAACAAUCCUCAGAGUCAAGAUACCCACGGAACCAAACCAAAACCCACCAUGGACGGCACUCCCAAGCAAACAGCGUCGAGCAGCGUGAGUCUGUCCCCCUACGCGGCUCAAAGUAGUAAUGGCGCCUUUGGGUAUGGAGAGGACGACAGUCCCUUCCUCGACUUCUCCCCGGAUCUCGAUUUCGACCCCAAUGGUUCGGACAGUCUGAUCGGCGAUUUACCAUCCACUCUGGGCACAUCGGAGGAAUCGGAACACGGCGAGAAGCGAAAGGAUCUAGACGAAGACGGCGAAAAGGGCGAGUCUGGCAAGAAACGGCGGGAGAGCGAGGACAAGACCGCUAAAAAGCCAGGCCGCAAACCUCUCACCUCCGAACCGACCACGAAGCGUAAGGCGCAGAAUCGUGCCGCCCAACGGGCAUUCCGUGAGCGCAAGGAAAAACACCUGAAGGACUUGGAGACCAAGGUCGACGAACUCCAACAGGCAUCCGACUCGGCGAACCAGGAGAAUGGUCUUUUGAAGGCACAGGUGGAACGUUUACAGAUCGAGCUCCGCGAAUAUCGCAAGCGGCUGUCCUGGAUGACCAGCGGCAGCAGCGGUUAUUCUCUCAUGAGUGCGCUGCAGGGCAACCAGUCCAAGCCCCUGGCUGCGGCUACGGCUGCGGCUACAACCACGGCCAGCGGCUUCAAGAACAACGACUUUCUUUUCGACUUCCCCAAGUUCGGGGACCUUCCAAAUGGGCCGAUGUUUUCCAACAAUCAGUUCACGAACGGGAACGCCAAUAAACAGCAACAACAACAACAACAACAACAACAACAACAACAGAAGGGAUCUGGCCACAGUAAUGAUGCUCCAGGGGUUUUGAGUCGCAGCCGACUCUCCACAGCUUCAAGUGUCGGGAACAACGCUUCGAAUUUCAGCCCUGUCCAGCGAUCUGGAUCCAUGGGCAGCUACACAGCCACGCCCUACGCGGGAUCCUACUCAUCAAAGGGGCAGUCGAAUGGAGCCGUGCAGGACACAGCAACCUCCAACUCCAACUCGCCAUCUUCUUCAUCAGACUCGCAUCACAGCCAGCUAAUCUCCUCCAACGGGACGUCCCCAGAGCCGAGUGCCAGCCUCAACUACGCGUGCGCCGGCAAGUCGAGCACUCCACAGCAUUACAACGGUCACGGGGAGGACAGCAUCGAUGGUGAGAAAUCCUUCUGCGAAAGGCUGGGCAUGGCCUGCGGCAACAUCAAUAACCCGAUCCCAGCUGCACGGCACAACACCGUCUCCCCGCCUGGCGCGGCGUCCGAGCCGGUGCAACACAACCCCUUCGAUCAUACCUUCGGCCUGGAGUGGCUCACGCAGCAGAACGGCGGCCAGUUCGACCCGGUCCUGUUCGGCGACUGGCGUGAGCCGCAGGACGCCGUCCUCUCCCAAGACUUUGGCACCUUCUUCAACGAUGCCUUCCCGCUGCCCGACCUGGGCAGUCCCUCGCACAAUCUAACCGAAGUGACUGGCCAGCCGGGUCCAGCGAAGAGAUCUCCAGUGCCAGCGACAGCGCCAGCGCCAGCGCCGGCACCCGCCAAACCGGAGGAGGAAGUGGUGCCGGGAGAGGACAAGGCGCAGAUGCUCACCUGCACAAAGAUAUGGGAUCGUCUACAAUCAAUGGAAAAGUUCCGCAACGGCGAGAUCGACGUGGACAAUCUGUGUACCGAGCUACGCAACAAAGCCCGCUGCUCCGAGAGCGGGGUGGUGGUGAACCAGAAGGAUGUGGAAGAUAUCAUGGGGCGGGCCAAAUGA